CGUGAACUUGUUGCAGCACGUCGGAUGUCAACGAACCGCGCUAAAGAAACUAACUGUUAUGUGCUAACAAUUAAGAACAGCUGUUUUUUUUAUUUUUUAUUUAUUUUGUUUUAUUGGUGCUUAAUUCCAUAUGGAGGAAAGAGACAGACAAACAAUUAUCAAGAACCUUGUGCAGCUAGUGGAAAGUACAGAACUAAAUAAUGUUCUUUCAAAAUUAGUUGAAAAUGGAGUUUUUAGUCCAAGGAUGGCAGAAAGAUAUCGGUUGAACAAAGAACCUAGUGUUCUGAAGAGAGACAUGUAUCUAGAUGUAACACGGAGAGGACCAACAGCAUUUAAUAAAUUAUGUAAUGUGCUAGUAGAAACAGGCCAUCAAGACCUUGCCAGAGUGCUCAAGCCAGACAUAGAUGACUGGCAACACUUACCUGCUCAAAAUAGUAAAAAUCCUGUGGAACAUGUUAUUCCACCUAAGCAUGGAACCAUUCCACAUAUUAUUCCAAAUUAUUUGGUGGAAACAGAGAAAGAAAUCAAAAAUAAAAUAAGAGAGUUAGCACUGGAGCAUCCACAGUCUUUCUUAAACAUGAGCACAACACCACUAAAAGUAAAUGUUAAGCAAGCUACAACAGUAAUAAACCGACCUAAUCAUAAUCACAUACCGGUUUAUACAAUGCUCUCACGUCCAAAGGGUUAUGCUCUCAUUAUAAAUAAUAUACAGUUCCUAGAAAAUAUUGAACCAGAAAGACGUGGAGCUGAAAUUGAUGAGAGGAACUUGAAAGACCUUCUGGAAGGUUUAGGGUAUGAUGUAACAAUCUACAAUGACCUGUGUUACAAGGAAAUGGAAAGGAAAAUAGAAGAAUUUACGAAGCUGGAAGGCCACAAAUCGGUGGAUUCUUGUGUCGUUGCUGUAAUGAGUCAUGGUCGUGCAGGUCCUCUCGCAAAUUCUACCAGUAUCAUCUGCUAUGAUGGGGGCCUGCGGGAUGUCGAAUGGGUGAUUAGCAAAUUUGACAACGCUAGCUGCCCAAACUUGCAAGGAAAACCAAAAAUAUUCUUUUUCCAGACCUGUCGAGGAAAUUGCACUGAUAUAGGAGUGCCAUCUCCACCUCUACCUAAGGAAAUCCGCACAUACACAGAUGGAAGAGUGCAGAGUACAAUACGGAAAGUCUCAGAUAUGCUCAUUGCUUUCUGUACUAUCCCUGGUUAUGUAUCCCAUCGAGAUAAGUAUCUUGGAACAUGGUAUAUACAGACGAUAUGUCAGGUGUUCAUGGAACAUGCCUGGAAUACAGACAUCGAAGAUAUGCUGAAGAUCGUGGAUCAGAGAAUAUCAGCUUUAAUGUCUGACCAAAGUUCAGUACAAACAACUUCCUACGAGAACAGAGGGUUCUGCAAGAAACUGUACUUCAACCCUGGUUUAUAUGACGACGACAACAGCCAUGGUGGAAUUGAUCUACAGAAUUAACCUCUGAUUCAGUGCUGUUCGUUGUUGAGUGCUGGGUAUGUGUGCUUUCCAUACAAGGAGAAAAUCUGACUCAAAAUUGCUACUUGGAAUUGGCACUAGGUUACUGGUUUUAUAUUAACGUGAGGUUCUUUCUUAAGAAAAUGAAAUACAGAGGCAAAUAUCUAAGCACAAAGGAGAAAUUCACUUUCCAUUAUUCAUGCAUUUCAUUGUAUUAUUUUAUUUUAUUUAUUGGAUGUCAAAGUAACAUCCAGGAAUGAGGAAAAAGAGGAGGGAGUGUAGAAUGGAUUAUUGUUCCACUGUUUUCACUAACCAGUGAUAGAGACAGUGAUUUGAAUAAUGGUAUGAGGACAUCCAUCAAUCGCAACACACAGGCAGUGUUGAGUGCCAGAUAGAAACAAACCUGUUCUGAUCAUCAAAACAUUUUAUGUAUGCUUUGCUAGCUUGUGUUCAUAUCAUUAUUUAACUUAUAUAAUUUUUUUCCAUUACUGUGACAAAAUAAUAUUCUGUUUUUGUGCAAUUUAUUACAUAUAUUUUGUUUUCAAUGAAUACAAGAAUGUGUUAUUACAACAUUGUGUAGAAUUUUUGAUGUACUU